AUGUUAUACAAUGGUCAUAUCAAUGUUGAAUAUUGCAACAAGUCAAAUGCAAUCAAAUAUCUCUUCAAAUAUGUUAGCAAAGGGCCUGAUAGAGUAAAUGUUGACAUAUCCAAUCAGAACAAAGAUUACACGGAGUCUGAGGUCAAAGAUGAAAUUAAACAAUAUUAUGAUUGUAGAUACCUUACUCCGUGUGAAGAAGUUUGGAGGACAUUGAAAUUUUUUAUUCAUGUCGAAUGGCCUUCAGUUAAAAAUGUGACAUUUCAUCUUCCAAAUAAACAAAGUGUGUGUUUUAAAGAUCAUGAUGAUUUAAAGCGCGUGGUAGACAAGGCUACUGAAAAAGACACUAUGUUUAUAGCUUGGAUGAAAGCCAAUUGUAAGUAUGGUGAAGGAAAAGCCUUUACAUAUGCAGAGUUCCCAUCCCAUUUUGUAUAUGAUGAAGACGCUCAUUCAUGGCAUCCAAGGAAAAAAGGGACAUCUAUUGGAAGACUCCAAUAUAUUCCUCAUGGAGUUGGUGAAUUUUAUUACUUGAGAAUUUUAUUAACUCUACAGAAAGGUUGCACAAGUUGGGAGAGCAUUCGCACUGUGGAUGAUGUUGAAUAUCCUACAUUUCGUGACGCAUGUUACGCCUUAGGAUUAUUAGCUGAUGAUAAGGAAUUCUUAGAUGCAAUUACAGAAGCAAAUGAAUUAGCAUCAGAAUUGGAGAAACUACUGCAUAUGAAUGGAAGAUCUUUAAAAGGUUAUCCAUGCCUACCAUUUCCACACUUAUUUGAUGACUCCCAAUUUGAGAACAAAUUUGUAGCGGAUGAAUUGAAUUAUGAUAAAGCUGAAAUGGAAGAUUUGCACAAAUCAUUACUCAAUUCAUUAACUGUUGAACAACAUAAGAUAUACAAAUCCAUAAUGGAUGUAGUUAUGAAUAGAGCUGGAGGUCUCUUUUUCUUAUAUGGUUUUGGAGGUACUGGUAAGACCUAUCUGUGGAAUACAUUAUCAGCUGUUGUUAGGGCACAAGGGUUGAUUGUAUUAAAUGUUAUUUCAAGUUGUAUUGCUUCUUUGCUUUUACCUGGUGGCAGAACUGCACAUUCUAUGUUUUCUAUUCCAAUUUCUAUAAAAGAGAGUUCAACUUGCAAUGUAUCACAAGGUUCUUUAAAGGCAGAGUUGUUACAAAAAACAAGUUUGAUCAUAUGGGUUGAAGCACCCAUGCUCAAUAAAUGGUGUUUUGAAGCAUUGGACCGGACUUUAAAUGAUAUAAUGAAGUCGCAUCAAAGUGUUGAUAGUGGCAUGCCUUUGGGGGUAAAGUGGUGGUUUUGGGCGGAGAUUUUAGGCAAAUUUUGCCAGUUAUUCAGAAAGGAAGUCGUUCUGAAAUUGUUAGUGCCACAAUCAAUUCGUCUUAUCUUCAGAAGCAAUGUCGUGUGCUAA